AUUCGUCCGAAUCUGAACCCGAGUCAUCGUCUAGUGCAGUAGAGACAGAGGAGUUACCGGAGAUUCUUUUUUAUAAUACGUAUCUGGAGAGUUAUACGUUGAAUGCACAAAACAUGUCGUCGCUAUAUCUUUAUAUUAAUUGGCGACCAUCGUCACCAAUGUUGAACAAAUUAAAGAUGGUGUCAACCAAGAUAAUGCAGGGACUUCAACAGAAGGAUGCCGAUUUCUAUAACAAUUUCCAAUGGUCCCUUUAUGGGGCCCCGUCCCAGUCGUCGACAUCAAAUUAUGGAAGAUUUAGCGUAACUAAUUUAAAAAAUUUUCGAGAUUUUCAUAUAACGUUAGGACCAAAUAUAGUGGGGCCAUCAUAUAAAAUAGAGCAAUUUAUUGAAAACUUGAAUAAUGAAGCUAAAAAAAUCAAAGUUAAUAAGAACUUAAUUAAAAAUGAUAAUAUGCAACAAGACCAUCAAAAUAAUUUGAACCGAUUAUUAUUUAAAAAUUCCAAUAACCCCAGUCUAGUCAAUGGGAACCAGAAGAAAAUUCAAUUAAGUAUAAAACCAAAGCUAAGUGUUCAUGCUAGUGUAACUUCAAAAUCACUUUUCUUAGCAAUUUCAAUUAAAAAUGAUAACUUGCAAGAUGAAUUUUUCGCUCAAUUAAGAAAUAUCAUUCAUGAUCAAAAGGAUAAAUUGGGAUUAUCCUGGUAUUCGAAAUUGAAUACUUCUAGUGAUUCAAGGUUUCUCGAUCAAUAUAAAAAUUAUCAUACUACUCUUUUAGUAGGCGAAUUUAAAAAAAUACCUUCUACUGAUCAAGUGAAAAAUUCAAGAAUUAAAGCUUUUGAAAUAUGUCAAGCUUUAGAUCUUGCCGAUUUACAAGACAUCAAAAUAAAUAUCGAUUCGAUCUCGGUUGAUAUCAUUGGUCAUAAUCGAGUCAGAAAAGAAAUCAAACUAAAUCUAGAUGAUUAUUCUAAUAAAAAGAGAAAAUCCCAAUCUAAAUAG